AUGGCAACGACAACAACCUGCACAUCGACUACAGCCUGCGCAACGACAGAACAAGCAUGCCAUGAAUUAGAGACCGAAUACAUCGCCCGCAAUCCCACCAGCAAAAAGCUCUACUCCCGUGCAACAGAAGUCUUACCCGGCGGCAACACCAGAACCGUCCUAUAUUACGACCCUUUCCCCAUCUACAUCACCAAAGCCAGCGGAUGCACACUCCACGAUGCCGAUGGUCACGAAUACAUUGACCUCCUCGGCGAAUACACAGCAGGUCUCUACGGCCAUUCCGAGCCCGUCAUCAUCCACGCCAUCAACGCCGCAGCACAACGGGGCUUAUCCUUUGGCAGUCAUCACGAAGACGAAAUCUCGCUCGCGAACCUCGUCCAGCAACGUUUCCCUUCCAUGGAACUUCUCCGAUUCACCAAUUCCGGAACAGAAGCUUCCCUCAUGGCGCUCGCCGCCGCGAAAAUGUAUACGAAAAAAUCCAAAAUUCUCGUCUUUGAGGGCGCUUAUCACGGAGGUGUUUUGAGUUUUUCCGCAAACGGAAUUUCUAGCCCGGUGAAUGCUCCUCAUGAGUUUCUUAUUGCGAAAUAUAAUGAUCUUGCUUCUGUACAGCAGCUACUCGUCGAUGAUGAUGAUAAUAAUAAUAAAGCAAAUCUAGCGGCAAUUCUCGUCGAACCCAUGUUAGGAUCCGGAGGCGCGAUUCCCGCUCGUACAGAUUUUUUGAUUGGCCUGCGAUCCCUCGCAAAUGCGACAGGAGCUGUAUUGAUUUACGACGAAGUCAUGACAUCUCGUAUGCACAACGGAGGAGGAAUCCAAUCUUUACAAGAAUCCUUUCGACCGGAUAUGACGACUUUGGGAAAAUAUUUCGGAGGAGGAAUGUCCUUUGGAGCAUUUGGUGGUCGACGCGAAAUUAUGAAAAUUUUCGAUCCACGAAUUCCCGGUGCUGUGUCUCAUGCAGGGACUUUUAACAAUAAUGUUUUGACCAUGGCUGCGGGCAGAGCUGGUCUCGAGCACGUUUUUACGCCGCAGAGAGCGUUGCUGUUACAUUCCAUGGGGGAGGAACUUCGAGGAAAAUUGAAUUUGCUUGGAGAGGGGACUUUGCUGCAAGUGACGGGUGUCGGAUCGAUUAUGUGUUUUCAUUUUACUCGGAUGGCGGCGGGGGAGAUUAUGUCUUCGAGGGAUGUGGAAGAUGCGGAUGGGAGAUGGAAUAAAAUUUUGCAUUUGUUUCUGUUGCGGAAGGGAUAUUAUAUUGCUAGACGGGGAUUUGUGGCAUUGAGUCUUGCGGUGAAGGAUUCUGAUCUGGAGGGUUUUGUGGAUGUGGUUCGGGACUUUGUUGAUACGUAUCGGAAUCUGUUGCAAAUCUGA